UUAAGGACAAGUUAAAUUGCCUAUGUCAAGGCGGAACGUGAGUGACUUUCAUGACGCUGCAUUUUGGUGUUAAACAUCGAGUUUCGCAGCUCUUGCCGUCACUGGCAUAUCGAAUGAGUCAUAUUUGAGGAUAUAGUAGCUUGUCACGUAGUGUCAUUUACGGUAAACAUAGCCCGCUUACCGCGCUGUACGACUGUAAAUGAGAUUGUCAGUGGCGAUAAGGCUAGAAUCUAACGGCUAGGCUUUAGUAACGUUGACUCGUCUACCCUCCAGCCCAGGGAACUUGGGAAUAGUUUCUCGACUAGAUGCUAACCGACAGAUAUAAACCCAUAAACUAACUACAGCGGAUCUCAUCUGGAGAACAGAUUGCAUACCCGGGAGACAGGCUUAGAAGGAAACUGAGGAACAUCCGUGAUGUCGGACUCAAAGCAAGAAGGAGCUGGAGAGGGGAAUAAGCUGUGGGGUGGCCGGUUUACCGGAGCAACAGACCCGAUCAUGGAGAAGUUCAACGCCUCUAUCUCCUAUGACAAGAGGAUGUGGAAGGCAGACAUUGAGGGAAGUCAGGCAUACGUGAAGGCGCUGGAGAAGGUGGGCAUUGUGACAGCAGCAGAGAGGGACUCCAUCUUGGAUGGCUUGGAGAAGGUGAAAGAUGAGUGGCAGAAAGAUGUGUUUGAGUUGAAACCAGGGGAUGAAGAUAUCCACACUGCCAACGAGAGAAGGCUCAAGGAGUUGAUCGGUACGGCAGGAGGCAAGCUUCACACCGGUCGGAGCCGGAAUGAUCAGGUGGCGACCGACAUGAGGUUGUGGAUGAGGGACGCCCAGCUCCAGCUCCGCACCUACCUCACCAACUUCAUCAGUGUCAUCCUCAACAGAGCCAAGUUAGAAAUUGACAUCUUACUUCCUGGUUACACUCACUUACAGAGAGCACAGCCAAUCAGAUGGAGCCACUGGUUGCUAAGCUAUGGAUGGAUGUUGCAGCGAGAUCUGAAGAGAUUAGACCAGCUGAGAGAGAGAACAGCAGUAUUGCCUCUUGGCAGUGGGGCGCUGGCUGGGAACCCAUUCGGUGUGGACAGAGACUUCCUUGCUAAAGAACUUGGCCUGGGGGAGGUGACAGGAAACAGUUUGGAUGCGGUCAGCGACCGAGACUUUGUCGUGGAGUUCCUGUUCUGGGCCUCACUGCUCAGCACUCACCUCAGCCGCUGGGCGGAAGACCUCAUCCUCUACUCCACCAAGGAGUUCAACUUCGUCACGCUCUCAGACGCAUACAGCACAGGGAGCAGCCUGAUGCCCCAGAAGAAGAACUCGGACAGUUUGGAACUCAUCCGCGGGAAAUCUGGAAGACUGUUCGGAAAUUGUUCGGGGUUCAUGAUGUCCCUGAAGGGGAUCCCCAGCACCUACAACAAGGACCUGCAGGAAGACAAGGAGGCAAUGUUCGACACCUAUGACACCCUGGCUGGCAUUCUGCAGGUGGCGACAGGUGUCCUGUCUACACUUAAGAUCUACCCGGAUUCCAUGAGUGCAGCACUCAGCUCAGACAUGCUGGCGACGGAUGUGGCGUACUACCUCGUCAGAAAAGGGGUUCCGUUCCGCGAGGCCCACUCCCUGGCCGGAGGCUGCGUGGCACUGGCGGAGAAAAAAGGUUGUGUCAUGGAGAAACUCCUCUUGGACGACCUCAAGACUGUCAGCCCUCUGUUUGAGAGUGAUGUGGCAGAUGUCUGGAACUACGAGAACUCCGUGGACCAGUAUACCGCGUACGGAGGAACCGCCAAGUCAAGUGUAGAGAAACAGAUCUCGAACCUGGAGACCUGGCUCCGUAGCUGCCAACUUUAAACAUACAUUCCUCUGUAAGAGGCUCUCUAGACAUUGUCCAGUGACAGCAGAACAAGUAGAUCUAUGGUGAAGGUUAAGAUGUGCUUUGCCUUGAGUUCUCCACUCCCUGGGAAGAAUACUUUGCCUUGAGUUUUCCACUCCCUGGGAAGUGUACUUUUACCUUUGUGGUCUGUAAGGUCCAGGUCGGGUUGUAACUUUCAAUUUUAGACUCAAAAAGAAAAAGCUUAAAUCAAAGUUUGUGAGAAAAAGGAAAGGGUGAAAGCUUCAUGUACUAAUAUAAGUUAAAUAUUUAUUUUGCACUACACUGCCUAUAUUAUAUUCAUCAGCCCGUCAUCCUUUCUUAUACUUUAGUAUAAUUCCUUCCAUCUCACCUUGUUCCUGUACUAAAUGUCUCCAAAGAAACCUAUUUAUUUCCACAUCACAGGUACAGAAGUAACAGUAAGUCUUGAUAUAAGGAGCAGGUAGCCUAGUGGUUAAUGUGUUUGCUUGUCACUUCGAAGACCCGGGUUUGAUUCCCCACAUGGGUACAGUGUGUGAAGCCAAUUUCUGGUGUCCCUGCCAUGAUUUUGCUGGAAUAUUGCCAAAAGACUCGUAAAACCGUUCUCACUCACUCACUUGAUAUAAGACAAAGAAUUGGAUUGACUAUUCACCAAACACUGGAAGGGCCAACUGGCGAUUCCCUACGCAGAUGGGCUUAUAGCUGAUAUGCAGACCAUGUGACUUGGAAAACUGUAUUUUAUUAUUUCUGUUAUUUUCAUGUCAGUAAAUAAAAUGUGCACCAUCAUGUCAAUCCUACUGAAUUUGAAAAAUUGUUGUCAUUGUUACAAUUUACACCUUGUCAGAAUGACUUGUUAUAAAUUCUGUCUUGAUGUGUUAACUUAGAAAGGUGAACUUCAGUACCUUGGCGCUGUUUUUAUUGUUGGUUUUUGUUAUCUCAACAGACUGAGAGCCAAAAUAUAUUUAUGAGGACCAAAGGGGUAUUUUGUUUACACUUAUUAAGGAGAGAGAUAUUUUUUCAGUAUUUGUGAUCAGUUUGAUGAUUUCAUCAAAUUUAAUUAAUUGUAUAUGCAUAACAUUGAUAUAUGCAUGUGACUGUCUCAUUGAACUGUCUGAUUUGUUUAAUAUAUCAUCAUGUAAAGGUUUGUGCAGUAUAACUUAAACAUGUGAAGGUUGUAACAUCCAUCCUAAACACAGAGGUUGUCAACAAAGAUUUAAAGUUUGUCAUUUAUAUACUCAGGUAAACAAAUAAAGGAACACCACUUCAUGGCAGUAUUCCUUUAUUUAUUUUCAGAUUUCCUCCCACAGUGCUAUUCAAAGCUGGUGAUGAAAAUUGAAAAAUAUUAAAGGAACGCUUGAAUUUUCCUGUGUUCCUUUAUUUGUUUCUCUCAGUAUAGUACAAAACACAUGCUCAAUGUUAACAAGUACACUGACAUAAAAUGUAUAUCCAUUGGCCACAUUCUGCAUCCGUACUUGGGAAAGGGUAGCCUAGAGGUUAAUGUGUCAGACUGUCUUGCUACAGGUCUGAGUUCGCUUCCCUACAUAGUUACCAUCUGUGAAAUGUCCUGUGAUAUUUUUCAACAUUGCUAAGAGUAAAUUGUGCGCAACCUGCUCAAUAAUCAAGGCUAUCAUCAUCAGUUAAUGUUGACUUUGAUAUGUAUGAGGGUUGAUUGGAUUGAUUUAGGGUUUCGUAUUUUAUGGAUAUAAUAAGCUACAUUUGUAGUGCUGGUUAUAUCGUGCAAUAUGCAAAUCAAUAAUCGGAGCUCAGUUAUCGAUAAAAAAUCAGUAAUAAUCCUAAACCCCAUCACAAAAGUUACAAAUGAAACAUACAACUUUAUGGAUGACAACUAUUGUUGACUCACCAACUUCUAGAAUGCCAAUCAAACACAAAAGUUACACAGGGACACAGUCAUAGCAUUAUGCAAACAGGCAUCGAUUAAUAGACAAAAGUGCAUCAGUUGUUUAUGUCUUGAUUAAACAAACAUAGCAAUAAGGAACGGACUGUCUUCAGUUUAGUUUCAUGUUUCAUUUUUUAUGAAUAAUGCUUAGUCUUCCAAGUCCAUCAUGUGGCAUACAUUUUCAUUAUCUAUACUUAAGACUAUUGUGGUUUGUUUUACGUGUACUUAAUAUACUGUGUGGGGUUUCACAGAAGCUAACAUUAACUAGUCACAAGGCAUAUAUUUUACAGAGAUAUAUAAUGUAUACCCAGAUCUUUUGGUUUGUUCAUGUGUUCAAAUUGCUUCCAUUGAUGCUGCUUAAAUCAUGAUAGUGUUUGUUAGUUGAGCACCCAGUGUAUGCUUGUAACAUGUUGAAUAAUUAAAUGCCAGUGAUUUGUUGAA